AUGUCUAUGGCUAUAUUCUUGACCUUUGCUGUGUAUGCCACUCUUUUGAGUGAAACGAUGCCGUCCUCUGCUGAUGACGUGCCCGCGUUUAGUGCUUACCUCAUAACACAAAUUAUUCUCAGUGCUCUAACUGUGAUGGCGGGAGCCAUUGUUAUUUCUAUUUACCACAAGAACCCCGAAAAAGUACCGGAAGUGAGGGUCGAGGGAAUAAAUGUUGACUAUCCGAGUGAUGAAGAGGAAUCGGAUAAAGAUUUAUUUUUCGAAUUAAGUUGUCCUACGAUAAACGUUCUGCGUGUUCCUGCCGAGAAAAUAUGGGUCCCAAUGAUUAUCAGUGAAAAUGAGUUAGAAAGCAAACGAAUGAUGACGUUUGAAUCCGUCAAAAGCAAAGAUGCUCUUGUUUUUCAUGAUGGGUUUGUGCUAUUAUAUGAUACAGUGAAAAGUACCAUUCAGUGCGAAAUAACUUUAUUGAAAUACCCUUUCGAUGAACAAACGUGUUCAUAUAAAUUUGAUACUCCAGGAUAUUUAAAUAUAGAGAUAUCGGAGAAUCGCUCAGAUUUUAUGACAUCGAAAUUACAGAAACACGGAGAAUGGAGUUUCGUAUCUUCUGAAUUAAAUAUUCAGAAAGGCCAGGGAAAUAAUACUUUCACGCUACAUAUUCGAAGGCGUCCACAUAUGGCUAUACUGACAACGGUUAUUCCGAUUGUUUUAUUGUCUAUCAUGAACAUAUUUUACUUCGUUAUUCCCGUAGAAGCAGGUGAAAAAAUCGGAAUGUCUAUGGCUGUAUUCUUGACAUUUGCUGUCUAUGCCAAUCUUUUGAGUGAAACUAUGCCGUCCUCUGCCGAUAACGUGUCCGUAUUUAGUGCUUACGUCAUAACACAAAUUAUUAUCAGUGCUUUAACUGUCAUGGGGGAGGCCAUUAUUAUUUUUAUUCAUCACAAGACACCCGAAAAAGUACCGAAGGAGGUCAACAGAACAAAUGUUCACUCUCCGAAUGACAAAGAAGAAACGGAUAAUAUUACAUUUUCCGAAUUAAAUUGUCCAAAGGAUGACACAAUGAAAAAGAAUGUUGAUGCUUCAAAGUUUGAAAAAAUAUUGAUCGUAUGCAACAUAUUCAUUAAUGUUGUGUCACUAUGUGUUACAGGCGCUAUAUUUCUUUAUGAAUAA